AUGAAGGGCCGGCAGUGUCGGCCCACCCUUGUGCUCGACUUGACCGCCGACGAUCUGCCGCUUCCCAUCUCACCCAAUCGGUGGCCGAGCAUCCAUCAGUCCUGCCCUGCUGCUCCCAGCACCACCCUGUCCUCGCCUCACGCCACUGACAGCUCGACCGCUACUCUACCACCACCGCCCAAGCCGAGCGCUGGCGGUGAUGAUGAUGGUGGUGAGCUCAUGCACACGCUUGGACCCUACCUCCUCGAGAACCAACGCAACGAAACGCGACAGCGCAACCAACGCCACUUCCGCGAGGUGUCCCUCUUUGCGCUGUGCGUGGACGUCGUUGCUGGCAUCGAGUGGACGACGUCGUCGCCGGUCAUGCCGGGUCCGAGGGUCGCUAGGCCUGGUCACCAGUCGCCCGUGGCCAGGACCCCUCAGUCCCACUCCUCGCCCUUUGGCUCGCCGGUGCAUUGGCUGCCCUCGGCGGCGUCGCCUUUGGCAUCCCCGCCACACGCGCUGUCUCUGCGAUCCGAGAUCGUCAGCCUUCCGCUGCCGCCGCAAGCGAAGCGGGUGGUGUUCGACGACGCGACGGUGAAGCGAAUCGUCGAGCGCUGUCGGAAGACGCGGGCCAGCAUGCAACCCUUCGUCGGCUUCUUCGACGCCGCUGCUCUCCCCUGCCUCGACUUGAGCGAGUGCAGGCUUGGCCGGGGCACCGUGAUUCCCUUCCACGAGUUCAGUUCGCUGACGGAGCUCAACCUGGCGUCCACUGAUCUUGGGAUGAGUACACUCAAACUUGUCGGAUGUCUGCCGGGUCUGGUGAAACUCAACCUGAGCAACAUGCAUCUCAACGACGAGCAUCUGGUGCACGUUGCAAAGCUCGCCCGACUGAGAGAGCUGAAGGUCGCCCGCAACGUCGACAUCACGAACAUUGGCGCCAACGACAGCAUCGCCAAGCUGAGCCGAUUGGAGGUGCUCGAUGUCCAGGGAACAUCGAUCUUCAUCACCGCUCUGUGCCGCCUAGUUGCGCGACUGCCCGACCUCCGCUUCCUGCGGGUGGCCGAGCGUACGGAGGAGUAUCUGCGCAACCAGGCCGAGGUCUACGCCUGCCCCGAUCUCAUUACGUGCAAGGAGGAGGCCCAGCUCCUCUCCCUUGCGGAGCUGCGAAGGCAGCUGCAAAUCCUGGAGACGACGGGCGCAGGAGGGAAGAAGGCCGAGCUGCUGGCCCGGCUCGAGAAGCUGCUCGACAAGCGAAAAGAGGAGGAACCACUCAUCUGCAUCGUGAUGGCCCGGCAAGACACUAUUGUGUAG